AUGAAGCCGUCUUUUGCAGUGAUCGCUCUUCUCGUCUGUUUCCUUGGUGUUCUGAUGACAACUGUUUCGUCAAAUGGGCCAUUCGAAUUGGCAUCCGAUAACCAGGAAGAUGAAAGCAAAUUACGUGUCUCUGAAGAAGCCUUAGAAGGUGACGGAAUUGAUCAAGAAGACGAAGAAGAAGAAAGUGAAGAUGUUGAUGACGAAAAUGAAGUGGAUAAUUCUGAAAGGUAUUUUUUAUUAUUAUUUUACAAGCCACUCCCUGCACUAUCGACCCUAUAGUUGAGCUAAGUUAAAUUACAGUUUUCAGUAGGAAUUGUCUACAUCUUAUAGGACAAAAUUGGUUCGUGAUAAAAGACAAAAUGGACAUAACGAAUUACCAAUAUUAAAAUUUCAAAAUGUUUCUUUGGUUUCAGUGUAAACGUUAUACCAGAAGCUGACCCAGUGGCUUGGGGACGUUACGGCCGUAGGGGCCGUAACGGUCGUAACCGUCGUUAUGGCCGCUUCAACAGGUACCGGUCUCGUUAUCGUCGCCGAUACCGUGGGUACCGUGGCUACCGUGGCUAA